GGAUCUCCCGGGUAUAUGGAUCAUUCUAUGCGGCUCUUUUGGUCCGCAUUUUUUGUUUGCUGUCGGCAUAUGAUCUCAUCCGCGUCUAUCGCGUUGUACGUGAUGAUGGGCCAAGCGCAACGACAGACAUUUCCCUUAUUGGUUAGCAGAUACGAAUACACCAAUUAAAAUGCGUUGCUCGUUAACCUUAAUCCGACGAUCAUCCCAGCCAUAAUAAGCUGACAUGCAGUUACGACAUACCUUUCUCUGAACCUCACGCGAUGUUUCUCAUCCUCCAAAAAUCGUCAUGGAGGACCGCUCGAUGGUAUCGAAGCGAAGGUCAAACCCCAAAGUCAAAACAGGCUGUCUGACGUGCAAGGUCCGACGAGUCAAAUGCGGUGAAGAGAAGCCAUCGUGUUUCCGCUGUUUAAAGCUUGGUGUUGAUUGCGACGGUUAUGCCUCUCCAGAGUCACUACUGAAGAAGCAUCGAUUAGCACCGUCAAGACGAGAUUUGCUACCAAAAUCAAUCCUAGCAGCUCCCAUCCCCACAGCGUUCGCAAGGUCGCCAUUUGAAAAUGCAGAAGAGUACCGAUAUUUCGACCUCUUUUGCGCCCGCACGGCCUUCGAGAUCUUCCCGGAAUCUGACUCCGGUACGACUCGACGGAUGAUGCUGCAGUCGUGUCACACGAAUCCAGCUAUCCGACAUGCCUUGAUUGCCAUCGGUGCACUGGACAAAACAUCCGAGACGGCAAGGGAUUUUCGGAAACUUUCCGUUGAUGCCUCAGAUGGCAUUCCCACCUCCAGUGAACACCAUCGCACCGCUCUACGUCAGUACACGAAAGCCGUGAGCUUAAUGCGCACAUCGAUCCAGCCGAUGGAUCUGAAAACGACUCUUCUGAAUUGUCUCCUGAUCUUAUGUUUCGAGGCUUGGAAUGGAAAUCUCAACCUCGCCGUCCAGCAAGUUCAGACGGGUAUCCGUUUGAUUCUCGAAUGGAAGGCCAACUCGGAAAAGCCUCAAAGCGAGCCAAGCUACAGUUCUGUGGGACCAAAUUUCGUGGAAGAUGACCUCGUUCAGAUAUUCUGUCGACUAGCCAUCCAGGUCUGCUUCUUUGCUAGCGAUCGCUCGUUGGACUGUAGGGCUAUCAUUCGCGCCGAAGGCACAGAGUUCACAGCCACUAUGCCCACAGCCUUCACAUCGCUCAAAGAAGCAACUCUUUACCACCAAGGGAUUUUGCGACGCGGCAUGAAUUUCGCGUCAUCGCAAAGAAGAUACGAGAAAUUCAAACCAUCAGAUAUCACCACCGAGCUCUACGAUGAAUGGCAAGCUCAUGUAGCAGCUUUCGAUAAAUGGCUCGCAGCAUAUGGAUCUCUCCCAAGUGUGGUUCGGGAGCAAGGAGAUCCAAAUAACCACACCAUGGUAAGAAAAGCUAAGACGCUGGAACUCACCAUGAAAGCCGCAUACAUCAGUCUCUCGUGCUGUCUUACUCUCGACCAAAUGGCCUAUGACGAUUUCAACUCCAUGUACGAAGAAGUUAUCGAACUCUGCCAAGAUGUCCUGAACGACACACGACUUCCAUCCACAUCCCGGACAACAGCAUACUGUUUUGACUCACGUCUCAUCCUACCUCUCUAUUUCAUCGGUUUGCAAUGCAGAGAGCGCACGCUACGGAGAAGGGCAAUCAAUGUAUUGUUGGAUUGGCCAAAACGAGAGGGUGUCUGGGACACGGCGUUUGCGGCGAAGGUCGGACAGUGGGCUAUGUAUGUGGAGGAGAAGCAUCUCGAGGGAGAUUUUGUUCCUGCGUGGGCAAGGAUCCAGACUGUUAAAUGGACGAGUGACUUGGAGAAGAGAACUGCAUUGUUAUUUUGUAGGCAGAGGAAGUCUGCGAAAUCUGAGGAAAUGGUCCCACGGCGGAAGAUGAUCUCUUGGUAGGAUGUGAGAGGGUCAUCAAUAUCUUCAUAUGGUACGACAAUCAUGGACUGGAGGAACGUCGAUAUAGGAUUUUCCUAGCAUUGGAAAACUUCUACCCUAUCACAUUUUAGUCAUUCCAGGCGCUGAAGUACUACCAGCAACACCCCCGCUUCGAUCAGCACCCACUCCAAUCAAGCGUCACAAUCAUCAAAACCAUACGCCUCAUCCAGACCACCAAUCAUGACACACUUCCCACCCGUCUCACCACAGUCAACAGCCUCCCUCGGCGGAAACGGAUACGUUCCCCUAGCCACGCAAGUGUAUCUAGUAUUCUCGUCACAGUCUCCUAUAAAGAUUGGACGAUUUGGAUUGAACAUCCCUGGAAUGGAUCUCGAGCCGCAGAAAUAUCCUCGUUGCUCGGUCAUACAUAGACAUGGCUUUUUGCUUGAGAAGGAUAGUAAGGUUGCUGAAGUCUUGGUUGCGAGCGGGUUUGCGAGGACGGUGAUGCUAGAAAGGAGGAGGGAGAUGUGGAGAAGGUCUCGAGCGUGCAUGAUUAUGGCGAGAGUUUGAGUUCGGCUUGGAGCUUGCAGAUUUGGAUAUCGGGACUUUUGUCUUCACUCCCUAGCUGAGAAAGAGUAAAAGUGGAAGGAUAGAUUGGAACCUGUUCAGCUGUAUGCGACGUAAGAUAUCCAUUGGACCAUCGACCAUUUUCAAGAGGGGAUCCCAAAUCUUUAUGCUCCUGAGAUAGAAAGUACAAGUAUCUUCGAAGCAAGAAGUCAGCUGUCUGUACGACUUUCUCGUGGAACUCCAGCAUUACGAUCUACAACAUCGUACAACGUCCGUGCUCAAAUUUCGUCAGCGGUGUAGCACCAUGUCACAGCAUGUAGGCUGUAUUCCCCGAUAAAUGCCCCCUCCUCGCAAUUCGAAAAUAUUCAAAUCAUCGUGAUGCUCUUUCUGACCGACUGCAAUCCCUAGCCAUCCGUGCGAACAUCUUUGUGUCAGCACGACAAUCCAUCUCAAAAUUUCAAGAAUCGUCGGGUGUUCUAUAUUUGCUGUUUUCAUCACACUUCUCCCAUUCUCACUACUAUUAAAGGUUGAUAUAUCGCAAUGAGAGUAAGAAAUCGUGACUUGCUUACUGAUGGUAUUUGGACUUUACCAUUUUGGGGAGAGCGGAGGACAAUCUUCCGUUCCACAGCGACUAGCCAGGUUUGAUGUGCGGAGAGAAGCCUUCCGUGGGACCCUUCGAUUGGUGAUACUGAGAGGCAUGGAAAUCAAGCCGAGGUUUGUCUUGUUCUGGCUGGGUGCUCGGGGAGGAGUUUUGAUUUCGGCAGCCGGCUUAGGUACGUGGUUUGAGAGAACGCCUCCUCAGCCAAAGCAAAAUCACGUGAUCACCAGCCCAAGGUAGGUAUGAGAAGAGCUGUCGUCGCUGUACCAGCAACAGCUAUUAUUGGAAUUCUCUGGGCGUCAUUCCAUUUGAACCUUGUACAUAAUCAGC